AUGGUGCUACAUGGUCGACGUUAGCACACGACAAUAUCUGCUCCCUCAAUUCUGCGUCUCUCUCGUUUGACUACCCCGACCAGGAACCAACACGCGCAAUGCCGUUCGAUGAAACAGAAGACAUGUUACAAUACUUGUUUCCCUCACCGCUGGGCUGGUCGAUAUCGAACACCCCGAGCAUGGGGCUGGACAAUAUGCCUCACCCACUGCUUAACAGCAACCGAAAUAUUGCUGAUGCCGAGGGCGUUCCAGCCGACAACAGCAGCCCGCAAGCCCUCGUGCAGUUGGAUGCUCUGAUCGAAGAUGCGACCGCCAGUUACAAAAGUCAAAUUAGACAAAAAGGCAUCACCUGCUCCUUUUUCGAUACUUGUCUGUCACUGUUUUUUUCUCAAUUCUAUCCUUCCUUCCCAAUCAUUCACGAACCAACGUGGGCGAUGAAGAACACCAGCCCUUUCGUUUUGUUGAAUAUGGUCGCGAUCGGAUCUCUGUUCAUCGGAUCUGCAGAUGCCGUAUCUCAAGGGGAGCUGCUAUGGGAGGUUGCAUAUGUCGCCGCGUCGACUAGGUGGCAUCAUGUGUACGAACACUCUUCAGGGGAGCUAAUUUCGAAAUGCCAAAUCGUAACUUGUGCUGCCUUGGGCCAGUUGUACGCCAUGUUAUCCAAGUCUGCUAGGCUAAGACAAGUGUCCCAAACAGUCCACAGCUGGCCCUUCUCUUGGGCUCGACGGCUAGGCAUGUUUGAGGUCGAGGAAUAUCGCUUGCAAGAUCUACCAGAUGUCUCGGACCCUCUUCAAACUAAACUUGAGAAGUGGAAGACAUGGGCAGCUCUCGAAUGCCGGCGCCGAGCUGUGCACGGAUUGUUCAUCAUCGAUGCUCACCUGGCACGUUAUUCCGGAGGCUUCCCGGUAGGGAAACAUGUUCUGAAUCCAUUGCCUCUCACCGCAGUGGACGCCAUUUUCGAGGCAAGAACGGUAGAUGACUGGAUUACCCAAAUGCGGCAGCACUGGACUCAGCAACCAUCCUUCCGCAAUGUAUACCUCUCCAUUUUCGGCGAUGGGCCUCUCAAGAUGCCGGUUGAUUCUCUGUUUUCUAUAUUUGUGCUUCUGGAAGGACUGCAGGCUGUCAUUACGGAGUCAAAUUUGGCGUCCGGGCAGGGUGUCGGACUGCCAUCCAAGAAGCAGAUCCAGCGCGCUUUGAUACGCACCCGCAACGCGCUGCAGAACGGUCUGGAUCCUGGAGUUGACACGUUGGAAAUCUAUCUCCGUUGGCACGCACUUUGUCUGGAUCACAUCAUAGACACCUCUCGUCUUCAGAGAGAGCUCUGCAGGCACAGAGACUUCCCCCAAAACAUAUUUACUUCUGGAAUGGAUACUUGGAAAAACACCGAUCAUCUCAGAAGCUGGACAAAGUCCACGGAGGGACGAAAAGCUCUGCUACAUGGCAUAGCCAUCCAAGAUAUCGCCCAGCGUCUGUCGAUUGGCCGCGCAUAUGGCGCCGGCACGCUAGCCGCCGUGCUCGCGGCAGGGACAAUCUACUGCACAUUCUGCACCGUGGAUCAGCACGACGUUGCUGUGCCCCGAUGUGUCAACUGGAACCUGGUCGCCGAUUGGGAUGACGACUACGCACAUGGUGACAACUCUUUGCAAGUCAGGGAAUGUAGAGCAUUCUUCCAGGGGAAGCUUCUUCCCUCGGGUUGUCGGAGGCUCAACCUGCGACUUUCCUUGUACCAACUCCAAACCACCCUACGCACAAUGUCCGCGCAGUGGGGAAUAGCCGAAGAGAUGCGACAGGUCUUGCUCCAUUGGACUUCUCUCGGUCUGGGUUCGUAAGUCGAGUAGUCACUGGCACAAGCUGGUUUC